AUGAUCCGGCAGAUACGGAGGGAGGAUGUGCAUCGCAUCUGUUCUGGCCAGGUCGUGUUGUCGCUGUCCGUGGCACUGAAGGAGAUUGUGGAAAAUGGGCUGGAUGCCGGCGCCAAGACCAUCACCAUAAAGGCCAAGGACUAUGGCCUGGAUUACAUUGAGGUGGCUGAUGAUGGCAGCGGGAUUGAGGACAGCAACUUUGCCAGCCUCGCCAAGAAGCACCACACGUCGAAGAUUGCGCAGUUUGAAGACCUGGAGACCGUCGGCACCUUUGGGUUUCGCGGCGAAGCCCUCAGCUCCUUGUGUGCAGUCAGUGAGUUGACGGUGACGACGAGCACGAGCAGCUCCGGCGCCGGCCACGACCUCCACUACGACGCUGACGGCGAGCUCGCAGCCAAGAAACCCUGCGCUCGGGAGCGGGGAACGACAGUGAAGAUUGCCAACCUCUUCCACAGCCUGCCCGUGCGAUUGACAGAACUCCGCAAACACAAGAAGAGGGAGUUUGCCAAACUGGUGAGCAUGUUGCAAGGGUACUGUAUGGUGCGCCCUGAUGUGCAGUUCAGCCUGACCCACAUCCAGGGCAACAGCGCCCGCCGUCUUGUGCUCAAAACCCGCGGUGGUGACGCCUCUGUCCUCGAUGUCGCGACGGCGCUCUUUGGCAGCAAAACGGUGCAGUUUGCCAUUGUUCUCACCAAGACGCUGACGGAGAUCAAGACUGUCGAUGGGCCGCUGCCCGGCCUGAAGGUGUCUGGCUAUGUGUCCAAGCCAAUGCAGACGCUGGGCCGCUCCUCCCCAGACCGCCAGUUCUUCUUCAUCAACCAGCGGCCGUGCGAAUUUGCAAAGCUCUCGCGCGCGGUGAAUGAGGCGUAUCGUGCAUACAACAAGAACCAGUACCCGUUUGUUGUUGCGCAUCUGCAUAUGCCGCAGCAGGAGGUCGACGUCAACGUCACCCCUGACAAGCGCACGUUGUUCUUCCACAAGGAGCAGGCGCUGCUGGAGACGACGAAGUUGUGCAUCACGGAGACAAUCAAGGCGUUUGAGGGGACGAUGCUGCUCAAGACGGGCGCAAACGGAUCCGGGCUCACAGCCAUGCACCAGAAGACACUCGACUUCCUCGGCAGCUUGAGCAGCGCAGCGACAUCGUCGGCAACACCGCUGUCAUCGUCAUCAUUGUCAUCAUCGUCAUCAUCGUCGUCAGAGCCAACAGCAGCAGCAGCACGCGAGCUGGCGGCAAAGCGACCAAAGCUGUCGGACUUGGCACUGCAUGCACUGGGCACCAACUUCUCGUGGGAGUGCCGUGUUCCAGGGUGCCCAAAGUUCAUGAAGAACUUGUUUGGGGAGAGCAAUCUGGCACAGCACUACAAGACACAACACCCGCACAGGCGCGUUCCAAACCCACGACGACUCCGGCCCGCCAUCGCCACCGCCAGCAGCGACGAGAUGCACAGUGGUGGCGGUCGUGGUGCUCAUGAUGAUCCACACACGGGCCAUGUUGGAGAUGCCUUGAUGCAGCGUGUUGCUGAGGACGGAGACGGUGAGCAAUCGCAGGAUUUGGCGGACUUGACGCAGCGGAACGCAAACGAUGAUGGGCAGAUGCCACCGCUGCACGACUCCCAGCUCAGCACGUCAACGGCAGACGACAUACACGAUCACAGCACCCCACGCGAUGACGACGGUGAUGGUCAUGAUGAACACUACGGCCACCACGACCACGACCACCACCACGACCACUGCCACCACGGCCACGACACCAGCGAUCUGAGCACGGCGCCAUCGAGUGCAUCAUCGCAGGAAGUCGGAUACGGGGACCUGCCCAUGGUGCUGGCGUCAUUCUCGGAUUCCGGCAUCGUGUACCAACCGCGCCCGCCCGAGCGGACUGUCGCCGUCUCGUGGUCCCAACGCAUCGACGCAUUCAGGCAAAAGCUCGCUGCUGCCCAAUCCGACUCGCAGACGCACAGCCAACCAUUGGAGACAGACGACAAGACGUUCACCGCCGCCAUCACCACGUACGCCUGCACCAUUGCGCUGGGCAAUGUGAUGACUCAUGUUUGUUUGUUUGUUUGUUUGUUUGUUUGUUUGCGUACACGUGUAUGUUCAAAGGAUGGCAAUUCCAGUGUAACGUGCAACGCCCUGCGCAUGUUUUGCAGCGAUGAUGCGGAGAAGGAACUGAGCACCCAGAUUUCAAAGGACGACUUCAGCGACAUGCAGGUGAUUGGUCAGUUCAACCUGGGCUUCAUCAUCGCACGCCUUCACCACCACCUCUUCAUCGUUGAUCAGCAUGCGUCUGAUGAAAAAUACAACUUUGAGCGACUCCAGCAAGUGACCAAGAUCAAACGCCAGGUGCUGAUCCGCCCGCGGCCACUGGACUUGCCGGCCGUGGACGAAAACCUUUUGCUGGACAACUUGCACAUCUUCCAGCAGAACGGGUUUGAGUUUGCCGUUGACGAGCACGCAGCGCCCGGGAAACGCGUGCGCCUCUCGCAGAUCCCGCACAGCAAAGGAACUGAGUUUGGAAUUGACGACAUCCACGAGCUGCUGUUCAUGCUGCGGGAUCAGCCUGGGGUGUUCUGUCGACCGUCUCGCAUUCGCGGCAUGUUUGCGUCGCGCGCCUGUCGUUCCUCCAUCAUGAUCGGCAAAGCGCUCACCCGCCCAGAAAUGCGAGCCAUCCUACAGCACAUGGGCACGAUGGAGCAGCCGUGGAACUGCCCUCACGGCCGCCCCACUAUGCGUCACCUCUGCGACAUAUCCUCAUCCACCUCCAACACACCCAACACACCCAACACCACAUCUUCGACCUCUGCUUGA